CUGAAAUAAGUGUGCAGCAUCCACAGAUAACGUGGCGAAAGAAAAGUAAGUAACCAUUUUUGCCUUGCGUAAGUCCUGUACAAUUUCUUGAGCAAGCAAAAGCAUGCUCACGUCCAUUACCAGAGGGACAGCUGCAUCAAUAUCAGCAUCCUUUACCCACCCCCUCGCCCAAACGGAAUAUCGGAUGCAAGUCAUUUCUUCUCGCCUGCCCCUUCUACACACUAUCUAUUCUUUCGCGGCCCGUAAUGGAAUCCUCUCACUGUGGAUCGGGCUAUCGCGUUCGACACUCCGCCAGUCGACUUACUCCACUACACGUUUCACCCUCUAUUAGGCCUUCUUACGAAACCUUACAACCUUACCAUCUCAAUGAUAAGUCUAGGCCUUCCACGGACUGCUGGUUUAGUUAGAAACCCCGCCGAAGUCGUCCUAGUUCGAAUGUGUGAAGAUUGCACAAAGCCACUCACUGAACGAUGCGCAUACCGGAGUAUAAUUGACGCACGAAUUCGAAUCGGGUGUGAAGAUGGUUCGGGUGCAUAUUCUCAAGGACUUGGGCCGAGCAUGGCCCGAAGCGUGCUAAUGAACGUUUCUCAAAUCGCAACAUAUGCAGAGGCUAAGCGGCAGCUGAUGAAACAACUGGUAUUUGAGGAUAACAUUGGAACGCACGUGGCUGUGAGCGUUAUAGCAGGAACGGUUGCUACCACCGUGUGCGCUCCAGUGGAUGUCCUAAAGAGUAGGUUUCAGAGUGCAUCAAGCAUUCAAGGGAUAAAGCAGGUUUCGUUAUUGCAGUAUGUGGUCGAGACGAUGAGAAAAGAGAGUCUUAGAUUUCUGAUGAAAGGUUGGACACCGGCGUGGCUUAGACUGGCGCCAAAUACGGUAUUGAUGUUUGUUUUCAUAGGGAAGCUAAAAGCAUUCUUCGUUCAGUAGUAGAUAACCAGCGUCUAGUAUCCAGGAUGUAUAUUUGGAACAUCGAGGCUUAGAAGCACCGCUUGCAGAUUCCCUUCAGCGGACAUUAACUUUGCUAGCUACUUUUCA